AUGGGGGCCGAAGCAGCAUCAACUGACAGCCAGCCCAAGGCCAAGGAUGUGCAGCUCGGCAAUGACAAAGGCAAUGACAAAAGCAUCAGACUCCGACAAUACAGCAUCUUUGGCGCCACCGGCAACUGCGGCACAGCCCUUCUCCAGCAUCUGGUUAAGAUGCCCAACGUCAAGGUGAAUGCAUACUGCCGCAACCGACAGAAACUCCUGGCGCUGGUGCCGGAAGCAGGCCAGAGCAAGAAAGUCGAGAUCUUCCAAGGCAGCAUCCAGGACGUCGACCUGCUGGCCCAAUGCGCCCGGGGCAGCCAGACGGUGUUCCUUCUGGCCAGCACCAACACCAACGUGCCCGGCUGCCGCAUCAGCCAGGAUCUCGCGCAGUCGACCGUGGCGGCGCUGAAGCAACUCCAGGCGGAGCACGACGACGGGGAAGAAGAAUAUCAGCCGCCCAAGCUGGUGCUAUUGUCCUCGGCCACCAUCGACGACCACCUCAGCCGCAAGAUCCCUCGGUUCCGGCCCAUCAUGCUCCGGGCGGCUUCGAACGUCUACGAGGACCUGAGACGCGCCGAGGCCUUCCUGCGCGCCCAGGAGCACUGGCUGACCACCGUCUACAUCAAACCCGGCGGUCUGUCGUGUGACAUUGAGCGAGGCCACAAGCUCACCCUCCACGACGAAGAGACCUUCCUGUCGUACUUGGAUCUGGCCGCCGGCAUGCUGGAGGCCGCCGAUGAUCCGUCCGGGCAGUGGGAUGGGAAGAAUGUCGGAGUGGUCAAUGCAGACCCGCGCCGGAAAGCAAAGUUCGCCCGCGGCACCCCUGAGUGUAUCUUUUGGGGUCUGGUCCGCCAUUACUGCCCUGCCUUGCAUCCUUACUUGCCGUCUUCAGGCCCAGCCUGA